UGUGUCAUGUCGUCAGCGCGCGUGGUUCCUAAAAGUAUGUCUCACCUAUAGGAAAAGCGGAAAUAAAUUGUUUAGAAACCAAAAACAAACCAGAAAUAAAAUACAUCAAACAAUUAAAAACUAUAUCCAGUGAAGUGUGUGCUUGAAAGUGCUUUAAAAACUCUAAAUAAAACCUGAAUAAAGGGUUCUUAGACCGUAAAACCCAAUCUCCAAUUAUGAGUCUGCCGUCGGGUGUGGACAUGCAGAACCUGAUGUCCCAGCAUCCGGUCCUGGGAGCACUGCCGCCUGCUUUCUUCCUCAGAGCCGCCUCCGAGCGCUACCAGAGAACGCCCAAAUGCGCCCGCUGCAGGAACCAUGGAGUGGUCAGCGCCUUGAAGGGCCACAAGCGCUACUGCCGCUGGCGGGAUUGUGUCUGCGCCAAGUGCACACUAAUUGCGGAACGCCAAAGGGUCAUGGCUGCUCAGGUGGCCCUCCGUCGCCAGCAGGCCCAGGAAGAGAACGAGGCCCGUGAGCUGGGGCUCCUGUACACCUCCGUUCCUGGCCAGCAGAACGGCAGUGACAGUGCCACGCCCACUCCGCACAGCCCGAAUCACAGCGGCAGUGGGGGAUCGGCCAGCGGUGGAUCCGGCCAGAGCAGCGUCUUUCAUGGCGGCAUUCCCUCGCCACCGAGCGACGGCUUCGAGGCCAGCUCCACGCCCAACCACCACCAGCAGUCGCAGCAGCAACAGUCGCACCACCAGCAGCCACACAACCACCAGCAUCCGGCCUCCCAGCGGUUCAAUGGCAAUGAAUCCGACACGGAUGGACGCACCCGUUCCGAGCACCUCAGCGUGGGCUUCUCGCCCACGAGAACCGAGUUGGACGAGAGUCCUGUUUCCAAGCGUGGAGCUGCCCUGUCCAACGAGACCGACCAGGACACGGGCUCCGAGUCGGGAUCGCCGAGCAGUCCGCGGCCCAAGGUCGCAGGACUCUUCAACCUGACAGCCAGCUUGUCGCCCGCCCGCACAGGACCGCCCAGCUCGCCGGAGUCCGACUUGGAUGUGGACUCGGCGCCGGAUGAGGCCACGCCGGAGAAUCUCAGCCUGAAGAAGGAGGACAGCCAGUCGCCGCCCAAUACGCCCGCCGAAAACCUGCACCUUCUGCGAUCCUUUAGCAGCAGUCAUGCCCAGGGCUUCCUGCCAUAUCAUCACACGCAGUUCCUGGCCGCCGCCGGCCUGCCCGCCCACCACCACCCACCGGCGCACUCUCCGCACCACCAGCAGCAGCAGCAGCAACAACAACAGCAGCAGCAGAACCACCUCCCCCAGCACCACCAACAACAGCAGCAACAACAGCAGCAGCAGAGAUCCCCCAUCGAUGUGCUCAUGAGGGUGUUUCCCAACCGCCGGCGCAGCGAUGUGGAGCAACUGAUGCAGAGAUUCCGCGGCGAUGUGCUCCAGGCCAUGGAGUGCAUGUUGGCUAGCGAGGAUUUGGGGCAGACACCGCCCCAGGUGCCGCCUUCGCCGCCCUUUCCCAUGAAGUCCGCCUUCUCGCCCCUGGUGCCGCCUUCUGUUUUCGGAUCCCCCACCCAUCGGUAUCACCCCUUCAUGCAGGCCCAUGCCAAGAGAUUCCUCACUGCUCCCUACGCCGGCACUGGCUAUCUUCCGGGAGUGCUCAGUGCGGCGGACAUCGAGCAGUCGGAGUCCAAUGGAGCAGGUGGCAUUGGGUUGGAUCGCACCAGCAACGCCGGGGACUCCCAGGAUUGAGGCAGCGAGGUGGAGGCCAGCGGUUCCGCCGUUUUCAGGCCUUUCGAGUAAGAUUCUCCUCACCAUCCUACACUGCGGGAAAAUAAAACACUUUCAAAGCCAAGAAAAAUAUGUCUAAGUUGCCAUUAUAUGUAAUCCAACUUAAUAAUCAUGGGUUUCAUUAAAGAUAUAUUUUCCAUUUCAGUAAAGUAUUACCUCCCUGAUUCUUUUCCAGAAAUAAUUCUAUUGAUUUUUUAAAAUCAUUUUCCCCAGUGUAAGCCCCCAGUUUAUCCUAGCUAUGCCUAAAACUAAGUGUAAAUUAUAUUUACCAUUGAACUUCUAGCACAAGUAUUGUAACAUAGAGACCAUAAUAAUAAUAUGUUUAAUGAACUACAAGUUAAGAAAAACCACACAGUCGACCCCAGUUAAGAGCCAUAAGAUGUAUUUGUUUAGCUGAAAUUAUAAUGCAGACGAUGAGAUUAUUGUGUAAGGGUUUGUUCGAUUGCAACCAACUAAUUGAGAUAUUCGUGUGUACCAUAUAAAUACGAGCAUAUAUUAUAAAUAAUAAAUAUCAUAUUAUGUCUUAGAUAAAGUACAUUUCAAAC